CCGCCUGCAUCGUUAACUCGUGAAACUGAUUUCUUCAAAGCGGCUGGUGCACAUUUAGGUGCUUUGUAUAACCUUUAAGUGUGCCCUAGAUUUUUAAUGCCGGCUUUUUUUUAGUUCGGGAAAUAUUAUUUUGGUGGAUUUAGCCAAUUUCGUUCCGUUAUCUGCUGUGACAGUGGGAAAAGUCAGCCUCGGCGUGGACGUGGUCAGUUGGCGUGUCCCGUGUCGGAGUGACGGCUGUGCAGUCCUAUGAUUCCUCCGAAACAAUUUUUGCGCUGGCCCCUUUUCUAACAUACUGUAUCGCUAACUUUAGUUAUACCGUGACCUAUUUACACCUUCGUUGGAAGUUGAAGACAGUCGGGGUUCAAGAUGUCGGUAGCGGGUUUCAAGAAGCAGUUUUAUAAAGCCAGCCAGAUGGUAAGUGAGAAAGUUGGGGGUGCUGAAGGAACUAAACUAGAUGAUGACUUCAGGGACUUGGAACGGAAAGUAGAUGUGACCAGUAAAGCGGUAGUGGAGGUUAUCUCCAAAACAUCAGAGUACCUUCAGCCCAACCCAGCAUCACGGGCCAAACUAUCCAUGUUGAACACCAUGUCUAAGAUCCGCGGUCAGGUGAAGAACCCAGGCUACCCUCAGGCCGAGGGGCUGCUAGGAGAAUGUAUGAGCAAGUAUGGAAGGGAGCUCGGAGAGGAGACUAACUUUGGCGGAGCGCUGGUAGAUGUUGGAGAGGCCAUGAAGAGAUUGGCAGAAGUCAAAGACUCUCUAGAUAUCGACGUCAAACAGAACUUCAUUGAUCCAUUGCAAGGGCUCUGUGACAAGGACCUCCGAGAGAUACAGCAUCACCUGAAGAAGCUGGAAGGCCGCCGCUUGGACUACGAUUACAAGAAAAAGCGUCAGGGUAAGAUCCCAGAUGAGGAGGUUCGACAGGCCCUGGAGAAGUUUCAUGAGUCUAAGGAAGUGGCCGAGACGAGCAUGUACAACCUGCUGGAGACUGACAUAGAGCAGGUGAGCCAGCUGUCAUCCCUGGUGGAGUCCCAGCUGCAGUACCACAGACAGGCUGUGCAGGUGCUGGAGGAGCUUUCUGACAAACUGAAAGAGAGGAUGAUUGAUGCUCAGACUCGACCAAGACGUGAAUACACACCUAAACCCAAACCUAUCUUUGACUUCGGAGACGACAACCCUUCAAAUGGCGGCUACUCAACCUCAACGGCUCCUCCUCCUUCACGCAACUCAGCCCCGGAGCAGCCGAGCUGUAAGGCGCUGUACGACUUUGAGCCGGAGAACGAGGGAGAGCUGGGCUUUCGCGAGGGCGACAUCAUCACCCUGACCAAUCAGAUUGACGAGAACUGGUACGAGGGCAUGCUCAACAGCCAGUCGGGAUUCUUCCCUCUCAACUAUGUUGAGGUUCUGGUCCCACUGCCACACUAAUAUAAAGAGAGCAGGAGAGCUAAGGAGGAGACUGAUGGAGAGGAGGAGGAGGAGGAGAGAACAAGUAGAAUUAUUAGAGAGGGAGGCUAGCGAAGCCAAGGGAUGAAUAUUCACUUUCACCUUCAGCUCCAACGUCAGCAUCACAGACGAGCACUUUUUUUGUCAUCUGGAGUUCUGGAGGAGAUGGUCACAUUUCAAAGUCCAGACCAGAAUGUCAACCUGUUCCACCAAAAAGGUAAAAAGAUGUUAUUAAAUGGACACAAAAUGUCAUCGUCUGUCAUCUGGCAGUCAGAAACAUUUCCUGAGGACUAACAGAUGACAAGUUUUUAUAAGCAAUAUUUGUCUUUAACCACAAAUUACUGAUAUCGUAAAGAUAACUUGUAUUAAAUCGGGUGAUUGUGAUGAUGGUGACACGUAUCAUGUCAUCCUUUUUGUGUGACUGCAGUCUGUCUAAAACUCAGGUUGGUCACCCAACUAACAGUCCGUUUUCAGACUGAAGAGCCCAACUCAAACCUCACAGUACACGGCAUGCGGAACUUGACUGAUUAUUUUCCUUAUUUCAAAACUUUAUUUGGACUGGAGCUUAUCUCUUGAUGCCACCUGCUGGCGAGACUGAGGAUUGCUUUUACAAAAAAAUAAAUAAAUAAAUAAAUGGAACUACACACGACUAGAAAUGUAGUUUUAGCUAGUUGCAUCUAAAAAGGAAAAAAUAUUGCAUUCAUAUUUUUAAUGAGAAACAAAAUUGAUGACGAAAUUAGCCUCCGAUUUGUGAUUUUGAUUGUUUUCAGGUGUGGGCCUAUUUUGUAAAGCUCUUUUUAAAGCUCUGUGUCUAAGCUGUGCUACCAUGAUUGCUUCAGAAUACAACAGGCCUGAUACAGUGGUUCCCUUAUAUGGUUUCAGUAUUUGAUGUUGUCUCUAUCAACCCUACUACAGUAGUUUUAAAAGAAGUUGAACUGCUUACUGAAUAUGUGAGUAAAUGUUGUAAUGCACCUUGGUCCUCAAAUGAGAUUGACGUGUGUGUGUGUGUGUGACAGACGUACUCCACCAUCACACACAGACCCAAAGUUAAAUGCAGACGUUGCACCUUUUUGUCACUCAAGGCACGCGUGUGUUUGUCGUGUAGACGUGCAGGAUGAUUAGUUGUUUAGUUGCAAGUCUGUUCAAAAGAGGAGACGGAGCCAAAAAGUCUUUAUAAGAUGCAAUAGAAACAUAUCGCUUGGUUGCGCCUGUUUGUUAAACUGCUAACUAUUCUGUAACAUAGACCUAUAUAUUCAUUUAGUUUUUUGGGGGGCCCGUUUGUCUCUCUCAGCAUGUUAAAGCCUUUUCCCUUUUUUUAUUUGGUUUUUGAGCCGUUUUAGGCGCCUGUUAUCUCCAUGCAGUGGCUGAAUAGAUGACGCUGCUGGCAGCGACUCAAUCUUUCAUCUUCAUCGCUAUGUGUCCCGCUGUGUCCGUGUCGUGUCUUUUGAGAAUGUGAAAAUUCAUCUGUGCUUUGACACAUAUUCUGAACCUGUGAUUCCGAUGCUUCCCAAUGGCCCCGAUUGGAUUCAUUUGUUAGUACGUCGAGCCAACGUUCCUGUUUAGUGACUCUGUUAAAAGAAAAGGUCCCCCCCCUCCCCCACGCAGGUGGAGUAUAAUCCAAUAUACACCUCAUAGUAUGAGGGAAAGACCUGGAGUGAAAGGGAAAAACGUGAAGGGAAAAAAAAUAAUUGUAAGCUGUUGUCCUUUUUGACUACUUUGGAGAACUUUUGUUA